AACAAACCCUUUAAUUGCCUAAAUACGACGUCGCGUCCCGGCUGUAUAAUUAAAGGGCGUCUUUCGAAUAAAACCCGCCCGAAAUUCGUCUUCGACAGCCGUCUCCAGGGUCCUGAUACAAUGAGUGAAAGGGUGGGGCUGCCCGCAAUGGAGGAGGCAGAACAAGCGUUGGAACUCUACCAACUCGAUUACUCUGAUCUGAUCCUCUUAUCUUCUGCCAAAGACUCAUCUUCUUCAUCUUUUCAACAAAUCCAACGGCUGCAAUUAAUCACCCAAACCGUGAUGGAAAACCUAGGUCCCACCGGACCCGGCCUAAUCGCAGUCAAGUCCGUCCCCGUUGCAUCCAAUCUUCGCAGAAGUCUUCUUCCUCUAGCCCGCAAACUCGCUCUACUCAACUACGAGGAUCAAAACCGCAUCCUCAAGGAGCAUAAUCUGGGGAGUGAUGUUCCAUUGAAGAACUUAGAUAGGAUGGUAUCAUCUUUUGCCUCACAGUUAAACUAUAAUAGAACAGAUAUGGAUAGCACCGAGGGUGAGGCGAUAGUCGUGAAUGAUGACAUAGAGAGGCAUAAAGAUGAGUUGUCUGCAGAAUUUGAGAAUCUCCAACAUGACUUUAAGGAGCUAGGGAUCAGGCUGAUGGAGAUUGGACUUUGUCUCGCACGAAUUUGUGAUGGGGUUAUUGGUAGCCGAGAGCUUGAGCAGAGCUUGUUGGAAUCCUGCACCGCAAAAGGGCGGCUGAUACACUAUCAUUCCACUGUUGAUAAUUGUAUAAUCAAACAAGCUGCUAAAAGAAAGGGACUGUCUAAUGGCAGAUGUCCAGCUAAUGGGACAACAAAAGCAAGUUUACAGAGGGCUCUUGCCAAAUCAUCAUGUGGUGGCCGGGGUGAUUUAUGGCAACAAUGGCAUUAUGAUUAUGGAAUAUUUACGGUUUUAACAGAUCCAAUGUUCAUACUGAGUAGUGAUCAAGAGUUCCCCUCUCCUAGUGGGCAUACAUAUUUGAAGAUAUUUCAUCCAGAAAAGGAUUCUGUGUUUAUGGUUAAGGCGCCUCCCGAAAGUGUCAUCGUUCAGGUUGGGGAAGCAGCUGAUAUAUUGUCAAAAGGGAUGCUUCGGGCCACCCUUCAUUGUGUUUGUAAGCCGGUCGACCUGGUAGAGUUGAGCAGGGAAACUUUUGUUGUCUUUUUGCAGCCAGCUUGGAGCAAAACUUUCUCCCUCUUGGAUUACCCUGCGGAGCGCUUAAAAUCAGGGUACCAACAAGCUGAUUUGUCCGCUAAGGAUAAUCACGAUGCAGAGCUGGAACCAAAGGAUUUAUUUCGAGAGAUUCAUAACAUAGUGCCACCUCUUUCUUUAAGGAUGAGACAUGGAAUGACAUUUGCGGAAUUUUCACGAGAAACUACAAAGCAGUAUUAUGGUGGUAGUGGUUUACAGUCAAAGAGAUAGGAAACUGGCAGGCCGUUUUCCCUUUUGUCUAUGUUCCGAUGCUCUCAACUAAACCAAGUCUUUAUGAUUAUUGAAGCUGUUACAAGUAUGGUUCAAAAUCGCAGUCGUGGUCCGGACCAUUACUUAUCGAUCUUG